GUCCCCCAGCAAAAAAGAACGUCAACAUGAGUCAGUCGUGUUUGCCAGUACAAGCGAAAAUGUCCAAAGCAAAGAAGGUGUUGGAUGAGGCGCGCGAGACACAAAAUCGGGAACUCGAUUUGGUGGACAAGGGCAUUAGCUCCUUUGAGGAGUUGCCGGGAUUGUUUAAUAUGUCCAACAUCACCCGACUGACCCUGAGCCACAAUCGCAUCAGCAACAUCAAUCCCGGUAUUGCCAACCUCUUAAAUUUGGAAAUUUUAAAUCUUUCCAAUAAUCAACUACGCGAAUUACCCGUAUCACUGUCUUCCAUGCCCAAGCUGCGCAUACUCAAUGUGUCGAUAAAUCGUUUGGAUAGCUUACCGCGUGGCUUUGGCGCCUUCCCGGUACUUGAAGUACUCGACUUAUCCUACAAUAAUUUAAAUGAAAAGGUAUUGCCGGGAAAUUUCUUCAUGAUGGAAACACUACGUGCCCUCUAUUUGGGUGAUAAUGAUUUCGAAUAUAUACCCGAGGGUUUGGGAAAUCUGAAAAAUCUACAAAUUUUGGGAUUGCGUGACAAUGAUCUGUUGGAAUUGCCACGAGAAAUUGGCGAGCUGACACGUUUGCGUGAAUUACACAUCCAGCACAAUCGUUUGCAAUUCCUGCCGCCAGAGGUGGCCCAAUUGGAUUUGUUGGGCAGUAAGUCCGUGAUGAAGAUGGAAGAGAAUCCCUGGGUCCAACCCAUUGCUGAACAAUAUUUGUUGGGUAUUAGCCAUGUUAUUGAGUAUCUGAAAACCGAAACAUAUAAAAUCAUUUAUAACCGCCACAUGAUGGCUGGUCGUGGUGGUCCACCACCGCCAAAGGCAGAUAAAAGCAAAAAAGCUUCUCGUGUUCGAGCCUAAUUUGAUGGGGAUUGUUUUGCAUCACAUUAUUUCGGCGAAUAAGAGUGCCUUUGAAUUUAAAAUAAGUCAUUUAUGUGCUCGUGUGUGUUCUUUGUACUAAUUUAAAAAGUUUGUAUUUUUUUAACCGUAAAUUAAUUGAUAUUUGUAUUUAAAAUAAACAUUUUUUAACCAA